AUGGCAACAAAAGCAAAGGAGACUGGCAUUGUAGGGAAGGAGAAGAAGGUCCAAUCUUCUAAUUCUCCCAUCACCAGCACCAAAAAGCCCACCACCAAGUCCACACCAACCACUCCGGAAAAGCCCACAUCAAGCCCAUCAGUUGAAAAACAAGUCCCCAACUAUCUGAAGCCCACACUUAGCUCAGUUCGUCUUGAGUCCCACUCCUUCAAACUAACCAAGAAUGACGCUCUAAGUAGGGCCACUUUAAAUAGAAGAAGAUCUUUUGACAAACCACCAUCACCUUCAAGGUUACCAAAACAAACACACCACCCUUCUCUUUCAAGACAACACAAAGCCCUUGUUUCCCCUGGCCCACGAGAUAGAGCCCUACCACUUCGAUCUUCAAGUGCUCCAAUUAAAACUACUACUUCUACGACUAACCCUUCCAAACCCAUUUCAGAGAGGCUCUCAAAGACUCCAAAAGAAGGAAAAACUCAAUCACUACUUGCAAAAAGCGGUAGGAAAAGUGGCCCCAGUGUUUCUACUUCAACUACUAAGAAGGUAAUAAAUAGUGAUCAUGCUUCUGCUAUCUCAACCAGCGCUACAAAGAGAAGUAGUAAUGCCGAAACCACCGAAGCUACUAUCAGUGUUGAAACUGAACCAGUAGUUAAAGAAGCUAUAAAUGAAGAGGUUGGAGAAGUUAAAGAAGCUAUAGAUGAAGAGGUUGAAAAAGUGGAAAAUCAAAAUGAACAAUUGAAUGAGGUUGAAAAUAUCCCACCUCGUUUGGUUAACUCUGAAGAUGAACAUGAUCAUGAGAAUGAUCAAAAGCUUGAGGAGUCUGAUCAGCCUCAUGUUGAAGAUGAUGAUGACAAGGUCAUUCCUACAGAGUUAAAACAAGAAGAAGAAGAAGUAAAAGAAGAGAAAAAAGAGGAUGACAAUACAAACCAAGAUGAAAGCAACACUAACGAGAGUCAUCUAGUGAUUGAUCAUUCAAUUACUGAAGAACAAGUUGAGGUAAAAGAAAAGGAAGGAGGAGAAGAAGGUGGGGUUAUAACAGAAGAAGAUCACCUAAGUGAAUUAGGUGUGGUUAAAAUAGAAGACCACAAGAAUGAGAUCAAUAAUGAGGAAGUGGUAGAGGAAGAGAAGGAAGGGGUUGAAGAAGGGACAAGUGAAGAGGUUAAUAAGUUGACGGAAGAACAAGAACAUGGUGAAGAUGAACAAGAAGAAGCAAAAGUGGAGUCAACAAAGUCAAAGCAAAUAGAAGUAGGUGGUGGAGUGCAAGGAAAUAAGAAGGAGUCCCCAAUAUCGAAUGACGUGAUUGAAGAAACAGCUGGCAAGCUAUUGGAGGCGAGGAAGAAUAAGGUGAGAGCAUUGGCUGGUGCUUUUCAAACUGUCAUUGACCACCAAACCAAGUGA